UCCUAUUAGAAGGACGGGAAAGAGUUGGGAGUUGAUGCAGUUUUAACUCUUUCUUGUAUCUUCCUCUGUUGUGGGUUGUUUCCCCCACCCCCACCCCUCUUUUCAAGUUAUUUCUCUCCUUUCCUAUUAUCGUCACCACCACUGCCAGCUGAUAGGCGGAAGUUUCCAAAAGUAGCAAAUUUGGUGGAGGCGGAUCUUGGAAAAACAGCAAAGACUCUCAGGCGGGGAGACCCUGCAGAGGAGGCAAUGCCUGUGGUGAUAGGGUUCGAGGGCAGCGCCAACAAGAUUGGAAUAGGGAUCGUGCGGGAUGGGGAGGUGCUGAGCAACCCCAGGCGAACAUACGUCACCCCUCCAGGGCAAGGUUUCCUGCCAGGUGACACAGCACGGCACCACCGCUCUUGUGUCCUUGCCGUCCUUCAGGAGGCGCUGCAGGAGGCUGGACUGAAGCCACAGAACAUCGAUGCCGUGGCGUUCACAAAAGGUCCGGGCAUGGGUGCCCCACUGGUAACUCUGGCUAUUGUAGCCCGAACAGUGGCCCAGUUGUGGAAGAAACCUCUGCUGGGGGUGAAUCACUGUGUGGGGCACAUUGAGAUGGGGCGACUUGUGACCGGUGCUCAGAACCCAACAGUGUUGUACGUCAGUGGUGGAAACACUCAGGUUAUUGCAUACUCCGAGCGGCGGUACCGUAUAUUUGGGGAAACGAUUGACAUUGCGGUGGGGAACUGCCUGGACCGUUUUGCCCGGGUGCUGAAGAUCUCAAAUGAUCCCAGCCCGGGCUACAACAUUGAACAGAUGGCCAAGAAGGGCCAAAAGCUGGUUGAGCUUCCAUAUACAGUGAAAGGCAUGGAUGUGUCUUUCUCUGGGAUCUUAUCCCAUAUAGAGGAAGUGGCGCACAGAAUGCUAGCCGCAAAGGAGUGCACCCCAGAAGACCUCUGCUUCUCCCUACAAGAGACUGUCUUUGCUAUGCUAGUGGAAAUCACAGAACGGGCCAUGGCACAUACUGGCUCCCAUGAGGCGCUGAUUGUGGGCGGCGUUGGCUGUAAUGAGCGGCUGCAGGAAAUGAUGGGGAUCAUGUGCAAGGAGAGAGGAGCAAAACUCUUCGCUACAGAUGAGAGGUUCUGUAUUGAUAACGGGGCCAUGAUUGCGCAAGCCGGCUGGGAAAUGCUCCAGUCAGGGCAAAUUACUGCACUUGAGGAUUCGUGGAUUACACAAAGGUAUCGUACAGAUGAAGUGGAGGUGACAUGGCGUGACUAAUAAUCUCUCUGCUUGGGAGCUACCCUAUCUUGGAGGCAAGCAAAAGACAGAAGCGUGGACCGGGAGUGGAGCAAGGCUGCUAUCGGGGUGUCUGGAAUCCCAGUGGACAUUCAAUGGGAAACUAAUUUGACCUGGAAUAAAAUGCGUUGCUUUUGUAAAA